ACAAUGAAAACAAACCCUCCCACGUGACGUCAAAUGUAAAUAAACCGAACAUUUCCACGUGAGGAGGAGCGAGGAUACAGUACAUCAUAUUUUCUGGAGUGAGGCGAGUGAUAAGCUCAAGCACCGAACACCACAUCAUCAGCAGCACCAUGGUUCUGAGAAGGUUUUGUAUCUGCGGGUGUUACUACACUCACAACCUCUUCAUCAAGGAGUACGAGAUGCACGUCAAGUUCGUGGACAGGGAGCAAUUUCUCAGCGACUACAAAAAGAUCCUGUUGAGCAAGAGCUGCUACAAGCCAGAGAGCCUCAUUCCUCAGCUGGAGGAGGAGUGUGAGCGGCGCAGACAUGCAGAGGCACACAGCAUUAGGCAGCGGAACUGUGUGUUGGAGCAAUACACUCCUCGACACCCUCACCUGUACACUCUGCAGGAAUCAUUUCUAGACAGUCAGUUUCUGGAGGUGGUUCGAGCAGCCAAGCAGCCUGACCAAACUUCUGAAGGCCUCACAUGCCUCCUCCAGGAUCACCGGCAGCGUGUCUUUUCCUUCCCAGUCUUCACAAAGGAGUUCUGUAAAAUGUUUGUAGAGGAGCUGACACACUAUGAAGAGGCGCCACUCCAGAAAGGUCGCCCAAAUACCAUGAAUCAGUAUGGGAUAAAACUGGAUGAGCUUGGCUUCACUGACUUUGUGAGUAGCCUACAGAAGGAGUACCUCAGCCCCAUCACAAGGCUCCUCUUCCCUGAUUGGGGCGGUGGCUCCCUGGACUCUCACAAGGCCUUUGUGGUCACCUACAAGGAGGGGGAGGAUGUGGACCUGAGCUACCACUAUGACAAUGCUGAGGUCACCCUAAAUGUGGCCCUGAAUGAAGACUACAGUAAUGGUGAGCUCUACUUCGGCCCCAUGAGGUCAGAACAGUCAUCACACAGGACUGGCUAUGCACACCAGCUGGGGCGAGGACUGCUUCACCGAGGACAGCAGUUCCAUGGUGCACUGCCCAUCAUGAGUGGUAUCAGACACAACCUCAUAAUCUGGAUGCGGUCGUCAGAGGUGAGGAACAAGCUGUGUCCAAUGUGCGACCAAACCCCCAAGUUGGUGCCUGUGAAGGAAGGGUUUGGGGACGGCUUCAUACAGCUUGAGGAGGAUGCGUGUUUCCUCAGCUGAGCAUUGCAGGGGGAGGUGAGGAGUGGAGGGGACCUGCUGGAGGGGUUCUGAGGCAUAUGUGAUAAUAUUGUAGUAAGGAAACUUUCUCACAUCUUGCUAUGGUUGAAGUAGUCAUGUUUUGAUUAUGAAGUCUGUGAUGAUGAAGUUUUCUCUUAUCUAGAUAUUGCUUGAACUAGUAAGAGAUGUACUGUAGUGAAGAAGUUUUGAUAAUAAAGUCUAUCACAUCUAGGUUUAGUUGAAGUAGCAAUAUUUUGGUAAUGAAGUUUUUGCACUUCCAGCUAAGUUUGAAGUGGUAAUAAGGUUUAGUUGAAGUAGCAAUAUUUUGGUAAUGAAGUUUUUGGACUUCCAGCUAAGUUUGAAGUGGUAAUAUUUUGAUGAGAAAGAUUGUGAUGUAUAUCUGUGAUGAAAGUGUGUGCAUUUAUCUAUGAUGAAUGUCAAGUACAGCUCACAGAAACACUUUUGAAUCAAUUGAACAUUAUUACCAACAAACUAAUUAGACAAUACUAGCAGAUCUAACUUUCAGAGUCCAGAAGGAACAAAUGCUAAUCAAGAUUCAUUAAAGAAACUUAAAUUUAUAUCAAUUGCUAGUGUACAUUAUUAUCAACUGAUGAGACAUUACUGGUAGAUCUGAAACUCCCAGUAAAAAAAUGAGUGUGCUGAUCUAAAUUCAUAAUAUUUCAGUUUAGUCUCAAAGUUAAUGAUCAGUACAGUUACAGAGCCACUAUGUUUCACUUCCUUUGUAGGCAACUGUACAACAACUUAAAGAAGACUGAGUAAUAGAGUAGUAACUUUCACACUGCACCAAUUACACACAAAAAAAGUACUUCAUAUUUCAAUCAGGCCACCAGUACCCAGAUAUGAUAUGCUCUAACUUGGUAACUGAUGGAGCUGAGAGGGGCACCAGCCAGCCACCACAAGCACAUAUGUAUAGACAUCUAUUUUACUACAAAUCUGAGUGAGUGUGGUAGUAAGUGUUCAUCUAAGCCUGACCUAGUGUGGGUGUGUCUUGGUGUGAUAGAUCAAACCCUCCAGUCCUUAUACCACUCUCCACCACUUGCAUAACUACACAUGCUGAUCCACCCCUCAUAUUUUACCAGAUUUGUAACCCUUUUCCUGCUAUUUGGCACAUCUUUCCUCAGUCACUAGCCACUCUGAGACAUUUCUUCUCUUUCAACAACUACUUCCGAAUAUUGUGAGGAUUAGAAAUUGCAAAAUCUAUUCUUUUCAUCAGACUCUUUCCAGUAUGUGCUUAUAAAGGUUUCAGACAAUUUUCAACUGCUGUGAAUUGUUCCUUGUUGCAGUGAAAGGGUUUAAGUGUGAUUGCUAGACCUGUAUUAUUUUUUAAUCCAGAUUUUUUUCUGUUAUUUCAUUAUUUCCAUGAUUAUGAUAUUAGGAUUUGCAAUUUUGUUGUGUUUUUCUUUGAAACUUUGUGUUGAAGAUUUUAUUGGAUGUUGAAAGAAUUGUAGAGGAAAGUUUAAUCAAAAUAUAUAAUUCUUAAUAUUC